UAUUCAUAGGCUUUGUAAUGCUAUUUCAUACAGCUAUCUCAGCAGCUCAGCAUCGAACGUUUUUAAGAAAUAUGGAUGUAGAAUUUACCGGCUUGCCGUUCGAUAUAACAUUUCAAGGUGUGGCUAGUUUAUGUCUGAUCAUGUUCAGUAUCCUACAGACAGGAGGAGACUUCAAAGAAAUACGGGCAUGUGUGGAUUUAAGCGCUAAAUUAUGGGAAACUAAUAGGAAUUUUUCCUCAUUUUACAAAUUUAAUCACAGAGGGAAAGUAAUUUCUUGCUGUUAA